GAGGCUUCGGUUGCCAUCUCACUCUCGCCGUCACUCCGGCCUCUUCCACGGCCGCCUCCGCCGCCGCCGCCGACCACCAUAGCAACAGAUAUUUCGGAGCUCGCGCCUUACGCGCAUGGUUUGCUCGACGUGCACCGUAACUAAUCGACUAUAAGCGUGGUGCCUAUUGACGAGAUGAUGCCGGUGGAGGAGGCGGCGGCGGAUGACUGGUCGGAGUGCGCGUUCUCGCUGACCUGCGAGGAAGACUGCGCCGACCUCGGCGACGGCGAGCUAUUCCCGCUCUACAGUGCCGGCGACGAGGAGGAAGAUGAGUACUUGGAGCAGCUGGUGUUCAAGGAGACCAGCUUCUGCUCCUCCUCCGACUCAGCUGCCGACUGCGACGGCGAUGAAGAAGGAGACGAAGAAUACUCUUCGCUCACCUCAGAGGAGUGGUUCCGCCAAGCUCGCCUCGCCGCCGUCAAGUGGAUUCUUGAGACCCGCGGGUGCUUCGGCUUCGGCCACCGGACGGCGUACCUCGCCAUCUCCUACUUCGAUAGCUUCCUCCUCCGGCGACGCAUCGAUAGGGAGACGAUGCCGUGGGCGGCGCAGCUGCUGUCCGUUGCGUGCGUGUCCGUGGCCGCCAAGAUGGAGGAGUGCCAGGCGCCGGCGCUGUCGGAGUUCCACGCCGGCGGCUUCGACUUCGACUCGGCGUCCAUCCGGCGGAUGGAGCUGCUGGUGCUGUCCACGCUCGGGUGGCGCAUGGGCGCCGUCACGCCCUUGGACUUUCUCCCCUGCUUCUCCUCCCGCGUCCACCCGCAUGGCGGCGCCGGCGCCGGCGCCGGCGGCCGCGUCGCCAUCGGUUUCAUCUUUGCCACGGCCGAAGCUGGUAGCGUGCUCGAUCACAGGCCGUCCACUGUGGCUGCAGCCGCAAUCUUGGCUGCAACCUACGGACCUCUGCUGACCAAAGAAGCACUGAGCUCCAAGAUGAGCUGCCUUUCUCCAUCUUAUCUUAUUGAGAAGGAGCAUGUACAUGCCUGCUACAGCAUGAUGGUUGGGGACAUGAGCAGGAGAGGCAGCAAGAGAUCAUUGCCAUGUUCAGGCCCCGACGAGAUUGCCACUAGUACAUAUCAUUCUGUUCUAGUUGAUGAUGCCACGGACACCGCCGCCUUCGCCUCGGCGGUGGCCGCGGCGAGGAGUAAGCAGAUCAGGCUGGAGCUGACGGGCAUCCAUUGAGGAAGCUAGCACCACCGGGGACACGAUUUUUAGCCAGAUGUCUAGGGGGGGCUUGGUUUGAUCUUCCCUUUCGUUUUCUUUCCUUCUUUUUUUUAACCUAUAUGUUUGCAAAAAAAGAAGAGAUUUUUUUAGGUUCUUUUAGCCAUUGCCAUGGGGUUGGCGUUUGGCUGCUGUCAGAUUGGUUUGAUUUGGUUUGUGAGAGGUGGAAGAGAUGAACAAAGCAGAGGGCUGAGCUUCCCUAUGGAGAGGGGAGCUUAGGUUAAUAAGCCCGCUGCACAGUGCUCCAACAGGGCACUCGUUUCCAGUGAACUUUAUUUCGAAGUUGCACUGUUUGAUAAACCAUUGUUGAUGCAAUGCUGCAUUGCAUAUGGUGGUGAGAUGCAGAGAAGAUGCAAAACAAGCGAGGUUGAGGGUUUUGCCAUUGUGUAUAGAGAGAGGGAGAGAGAGGGAGAGAUGUUUCCCUUUUUCACUUGUGCAAGUGGGUGGUGUUUCACUCUGCACCUGCAAGGGUCACAUCGGUAUGAACAGACCCUGUGUACUUGUGUAAAAACUCCUCUUGUUCUUGAGGAACUGAGAGAGAAUCAGAUUGCAUCAAGCUUUGCCUGCC